AACACCGGAAGCAACCACUGGCGGUCCAAAGAAGGACUGGCUGCCAGGAAGUACUGCGAAUGAAGUUCAUCUUUCUAAGCGGUGUGAUGGCGGAUGUGAGUGACACAAUAGACACCAUGAAGAACUAUCGCAUAGCCUUCGAGAAGGUUAACCCUGACCUCAGCCGCUACCCGUUCUGCAUCGUGUGGACGCCCAUCCCCUUGCUAUCAUGGCUGCUUCCCUUUAUUGGACACAUGGGGAUCUGCACCUCCUCCGGUGUGAUCCGGGACUUUGCUGGACCCUACUUUGUCUCGGAAGACAACAUGGCCUUCGGGAGACCAACAAAAUACUGGAUGCUUGACGUGAGCAAGGUCCACGCCGGCGGCUCCAACGCCUGGGACACUGCCGUCAGCGACGCGUCAGAGGAGUACAAGCACCGCAUGCACAACCUCUGCUGCGACAACUGUCACUCACACGUCGCCAUGGCGCUGAAUCUGAUGCGCUACGAGAACAGCACCUCGUGGAACAUGGUCAACCUCUGUCUGCUGGCGUUCGUCCACGGCAAGCACGUCAGCUGUGCCGGCUUCCUGAAGACCUGGCUGCCAAGCCUGAUGCUGGUGGGAGUCAUUCUCACCGCGGUCCUGGCCCUUAACCUGCGGUGACCUGGGGUCACAGAAGGACUAUCGGGGAGGGUGCACCGGGUCACAACCUCACCAACCCCCCUCCCUUCAAAGCCCUGGAGUCCGAAUGACCUUCUCGGCCAUGGAAGGUGUUUUUUUUUAUUUUGUUGAACUUUUGUGUUCAGUAGCGUUCCAGACACCGCUCAAUAUUCCCUGUUGGUUCUUUUUUAAUGAACACACGCAAUGAUGAGGUUCCGCAAACGCGUGCUUCCGUUGAUGGCGUUUUUCUAUAUUUUUGAGGACUAAAACAGCAGAGGAGAUGGAACCCUGCCCUCUGAACAACGUAUGCCUUAUUAGGAAUUAACAACGUUGGCAACAUGCUUGUUUUGAUGCAGUGCCCACAUGUAAACUGUUAGAAUGCGGCAUUGUUAUUGUUUUUUGGGGUGUUUGUUUUGUAGCAUUGGAUCCUUGAUACUAACACUAUUUACUAUGAAAUACCGAAAAGGCCUGCAUCUUCUAAAACAAGAGUAAUUGUUUCUAUAGAAUCUAUAUUGUCAAUAUUGUGUAUUUUUAGAUGUCCUUUACAACGGUAUAACUUUGAUAGGUUUACAAUAUCGAUAUCCUAACUAAGUGCAUAUCUGAUCAACUGCAAAAUAAUCGGAGAAACCUCGACUAUUCUUGGCGACCAUAACCUGUAGCUGUAAAUGAAUGAAUGAAUGGCUGAUUGCUUUUGUAUUAUAUUGUGCCAAAUGUUUAUACAUGCAUUAUGCGCCCAACCUGAGUAGUGUCCUUAAAGGGGUUAGAAUACCUGCUUAUUAAUGUAGCAGGUAAUUUAUGGUUUUUUAAACGGGUAUUGAGGAAGAUGUGUCCCCUUUAUUGACCUGGUUUAAAAAAAUAUAUCAUUGUUUGAUGUAGCACAGCUGCUUUUGCCUUUCUUUAAAUCUUUACAUUAAAUACAGUGUACAAAUAUUGCCCAGGAAAAGUUUUUUUCAUGGAUAAUUAUGUUUUUUCUUUUUCUUUUUUUUUUCAAAGAUCUGGUAGCAUUCACUUAAGCACUUUAUAUUUUGUUAUUUUAAUGGACCUUGCAGCCUUCAAUGUUUAAGGUGGGUUUGGGGGAGGUAUUUUUUUAUUUUGUAUUAUUCUACAAUAAUCCCAAACGAUGUUGGGCACUCAAAAUCCGUUGCCAUGGCUGUAGUGAGUGGAUUCAAAUCCCCUUAUUGUUUGUAAUCAAACAGGAGGAGGGUUGAGCCCUCUCUGUGGCUACAGGGCUAGCUAGAAACAGCAGGCAGCCAGGAUCCUCAGGACUUUCUCACACACGCACACACACACACACACACACACACACACACACACACACACACACACACACACACACACACACACACUCUCACUCUUGAGAGUCUCUUGUGGCUACUGACGGCCGGGGCUCCUGCUGUUUUUGGUUUGUUGUUUUUUUCUUCUUCUUCUGCUCGCAGAGUCGCAGCGCCGUGGAUCAGAUUAGAAGGUCAUUGUGAAAUGUCUCUCCACCGCGCAACAUUACGGCUUUGAUCUAGGGCCCGUUGUUCCACGGUUUAACUCAAAGCAGGGUCGUAUAGUCUCAUGUUUAAAAUGGCCUGUUUGGGAACAGCCUCAUUCAGUUUCCCCAUUCCUUUAACAGGACAGACAGGGGGUUGAUUCAAACAUUUAACCAAUGCUCACAACCUUUUUGAGCAGCUGUAAAUAUUUCAGCAAAAUUAGUAAUUCAUAUUUUUUCAAAUUUUGUGUCCUAGAACCUGUUAUGUUUAGUUUUGACUGAAACUAUUUUAACAAAUCUCAGACACUGUUCUACUGUGUGCCUGCGUGUGCUUGCAUGCCAGCAUGUAUGUAAUAAUAUAAGUCUCAUUGGACCUAUGUAUUUUUGCAGAGAAAACGUUUCACAUGUAUGUGGUGGCUUCACAAAACAUUUCCUUGUGAGUGAACUGCCUCCAUUAGUUUCCAAAGGUUGUGAGUUGUUGUGUAGUUCUUUUCACAGGUGCUUGGGUGGAAGCUGAUUGUACUCCUGCUUUGUUUUGCUUGUUGCCAAGGUAAACUACUUGAAAAGUUGUGCUUUUUAUGUUUGCUUGUAACAAUACCGUUACAAAGGCUGUAUUGGGGUUAAUUCAGUCAUUGCUGACAGUGCAGCAAUGGUGAAUCUCUACCCAAGAAGCCAGUUGGAAUCUGAAUGCACUGCUGCUAUAUUUUGUCAGCGGUAAUUCAUCACUGCUGCUUUUUCUUUUUUAUUUCAAAAUAUCUUUCUCAGAUUUAUUAUGUUUAAUAGGUAGAUAGGGUGGACUCUAUUUGUGUCCAUGGUAUAUAAUAGGAGCAAGAAACGCCGUUUGAGUCCCUUUGGGAAUCCCUGGCAAGGCUGAUACAGCCAGAGCCUUCUCUGUGUUAGUGCAGGAAAAGAUGCCGCGGAGGCAGUAAUCACUUCUUGGCAGAUACUUUCAGAAGAUACACAAUGGGAUUAUUUUAUUUUUUCUGAAUUUCGUGAUGUAUUUCUUUUCUGCGGGGCUAUUAAUAGCAGGGGUUUAUGUGAGGUCCGCAGCGUUAUGUAGCAAAGGCAGUGUUUUAUGCACCAUCUAGAUCGAUGAGUGUGUGUUUUUGGGGUUUGUUUUAUUCACCCACCCCUAUCCCAUGAGACACCGUGACUUAACACGUGGGGUAAAACCACAACGAAAUAACCUCGCCCUGUGAAAGGAUUGUGAAUUUGUGACACCGACAAAGAAGUAUCUGAUAUGUUAUCAAAGUGCAUGUGCAGGAAUGCAAUAUGGUCCAGCCUUUUUUUGUUGUUGUCAUGGACUUAAGACUGCUGCCCGCAGAGGUGCCUUGUAUCUAAGAGCCUGGUCCUGGAAUGUGGAGACCUGUGGUUCCACUCAACUCACUCCCUACAGACACAAAGGACAGGACGCUAGUUUACCAGCGGCCCUGUCCAUAUAUGUGACUAUUUGUGAACACCACUCUUGAUUCUCUAUGACCUCAUUCAUAUGCUUUCUGUUCCACAGCAUAGUCUGUCGAACACUUAUAAUGGAGAGAUGAAACCUAAUGGGAAGAAUGUAUCGCCUAGCCUUCAAGUGAAUCUUUGGCCUGUGAAUGUAUGACUCAUCAUAAUAAAACCCUUGUUGUCUAUUAAAAAUCGAUUAAAGAUUACUGCUUUUGUAUGAAAGCUUUGUUCAUUUUAU